AAAACUCGAUACGCGGGGUCGCACCAAAAUGGUGAGACCCCACUGAGAAUAGUAAAAAAGCCAUUCGUGAGAAAAUAAUCCAACCCAGAGUGUCUUCUUCUCCUCACACGCCGUCCAACGGUACCUCGCCGGUGCCAUCUCCGACAAUUUUUUCCAAGGCAAGUUCAGAUUUUGCAUCCUCUGGCGAUUUGUGUUCAUUUUUUAACCAUUAUUGUCUUCUUUCAUUGAAUGAGCUUCCCCUUCAAAUCUCACCGUUGUCUACCUUAAUCCCUGGUCGUCCAGACCAAUUUUCAUUGCCAGAAAACGGUUGAUCUACCGUUCAAGGCGUUGUUCUUCCAUAUCGACAGCCACUUGCGUUCAUUUUAACGUCGGAGCUCCAGAUCUGGCUUCCUGCGUCUGCCUCUUCCAGAUCUGGCGUUUUAUUUUUGAUUUGUUUCAGGUCAUCUCAAGCAAACCAAGUAGGGGAUUUUUAGCCUGAGGUAACACUGAGGAUUUGAGGUUGAUAGUCCCGAAACUAUCAUAUUAUCAUCAGGUCUGUGAACAUAUUCAUACUCCUGGUAUGCAGUUUUAAAGGCCAAUAUCUGAAGUGAAAAUCUCUGACAUACGCCAUAGAGUGAAGAUGGUGAAGUUGACUAUGAUAGCUCGUGUUACUGAUGGCCUUCCACUGGCUGAGGGACUAGAUGAUGACCGUGAUAUAAAAGAUGCUGAAUUUUAUAAACAGCAGGCUAAGGCUGUAUUCAAGAACUUGACAAAGGGCCACAAUGAAGCUUCAAGAAUGUCAAUUGAAACUGGUCCUUAUGUUUUUCACUAUAUCAUUGAAGGCCGUGUAUGUUAUUUGACAAUGUGUGAUCGUGCUUAUCCAAAAAAACUUGCUUUUCAAUACCUAGAAGAUCUAAAAAAUGAAUUUGAGAGAGUCAAUGGGAAUCAAAUUGAAACUGCUGCUAGACCUUAUGCCUUUAUUAAAUUUGAUACAUUCAUACAGAAAACCAAGAAAUUGUAUUUGGAUACCUGCACUCAGAGGAACCUGGCUAAGUUGAAUGAUGAACUUUAUGAAGUCCACCAAAUAAUGACUCGCAAUGUACAAGAAGUUCUUGGUGUUGGUGAAAAGUUGGAUCAGGUCAGUCAAAUGUCUAGCAGGUUGACCUCAGAAUCUCGUAUAUAUGCUGAUAAGGCUAGAGACUUAAAUAGACAGGCUUUGAUUCGUAAGUGGGCCCCUGUAGCCAUUGUGUUUGGAGCUGUCUUCUUCCUCUUUUGGGUCAGAAAGAAGAUCUGGUGAUUCAAUCUUUCAAAGGCAGUUCCUGCACAGUUUUGUUGUGUCUAUUGCAUUCACAUGUUACAUGUAUUAUCAAUGUUAUCAAGAACUCCAGAAUAGAUCUUUUACCUAUGGUGAACACUUCCAUAUCAUCUUGUCAUCUUGUGCUUUUUAUCGAUUGUCUGAUAAGUAACAAAUUCAUGAGUUUGAGAAUAACAUUUUAUGAGGAGAAACCGAGCUACAAAGAAUACUGUGGAUGUGGGCAAUUCAUUUGAUUUUAUAUAUAAAACAGGGAAGUGGACAUUGUUUUAGAAGUAUAAACAUUCUGGUCUACUUUUACAAGGACCAAUAGAGUCGGCUAUCUAGUCAACCUCAA